GCCACUGAGACAGCCACACCCACCACCGGUGCAAACCGCACUACUAGCUCAUCUGGGCUUUGUUUGUAUGACUGCUUUUCGGGUGCUAUACCCAGGCUGAUUCAAUGUUCACGUAUUCUCGCCGCCCAACACGAAUUGACUCACGAAAACCAAAUCUGGAACUCGGAGACCGUUCCACGCGAUUGUGUGUUUUGCCCAUCACGGGCAUACAGCAGCAACCAUGUCCCUCAUCUCUCAUAGGACACUGCGACGGUGGGGCCCAAACAGCAUAACGCGACGAUUGCCGGUUAUUGCUGCCUCAACGCAUUAUCCAAGUACCUUAAAAUCAUGCUUGACACCAAACUUGACCGUAGGUCCGCUUCCAGCUAGUUGUAGUGAAGCUGUUCUCGCCCAGAGGCGCUCGUUUCACCCGACAUCUGCCCGGCGAAUACAUGUGAUUGAUCUAGACCAAAUUGCACUCUGCUGCCUUGGCGCCGCUGUCACGGUUUUUGUCUUCAGACUUUUCACAGGAUACUCAACGCUACCACCACAUACUUGGGCCCGCACUGCCCACCAGAAGACGCGAAGGGAGGUCGAGGCGACCACGGGCAUGGCCUUCAACAUGGCACGCAGUGCUCCAGAGCACCAGCGCCACGCGAAAUUCCGGGAGGCAACCUUUCACGUUCCCCAUCAGCUGGCACGGCUGAACAAGGAAGCCCCUCGCUUUCGCCUGGAGGACCUGGGUCCUAUGUCGCUGGGCAAGGUACCAUGGGCGACUCCGAGCCAGCCCAUCAGCAUCAACGGCCCGCCACUGGACGCCAAGACAGACACGCGGGCCUUCUUAUACUUCCCCGACGGCUCUCCCAAGGCAACGGCCGUGUUCCUGGCCAUCAACUCCGACCUGAUGUAUCCGACAAAGGCGUGGAUGCAGUCCCCGCCCAUCGAUCCUGCAGUCGCAUGGUCGAGGAAACCCAUGCUCGUUAUGGCGGCCUUUGGUAUUGUCUAUGCCGACUGGGAAAAGAAUCGCCCCAGUGUGACUGGCCGUAUUGUGGAGACGAGUCGGCUGCCGGUCAUCUGUAACUUUCGAGAGAACGUUUUCGCAUGUAUUUUUUACCCCGUACGCAAGGUGACCCUCAACGAGAGGAUGGGGCUCACUCCGCUGGAUGUCACUGAUUUCGACCUCAAGACUUCCUACUUCUGAGCUGGAUCACCGACAGGAUUGUGGCAGAACCUUGAAGGGAUAUCUAAUGUACGCUCGCAACGGUUUUAAAGCCAGCCUCUCCUGUGCACUUGA